AUGGCACUGGCGCCACGACCACUGGCCACCACAGUUUUCGUCUGCCGGAUGAUGGCGGUCGUUCUGCAGGCCGCGGCCUUGACUUGCGUUGUGCUCGCAGGCGACCUCUGGUUCUCGACGUUCAUAUUCCUCAAAGCUCUCCUGGCGGCGGAGCUGGCCUUGAACGCGGCGCGACUGAUCUACGACGCGGCGCAGGUCUUCUUCCAGAAACCGCUGCCGGCCUUCCGCUGGCAGAUGAUGGGGCUCGUCGCCGCUGACUGGGUGAUGAUGCUCCUCCUUUCCGCUGCUGGGUCGAGCUCCCUCGCCGUGGAGGACUUCGUCCAGAACAACAUGAGGCGUUGCGCGUGGCUGCAUCCCGGGACGUGCGAGCGGUACAAGGCCUCCGGCGUACUUACCUUGCUGGCGUGGGCUUUCACUGCUCUGGUCGCCUGCGUUAUGCUCCGUCUGCAAAGGAUCUGGGAUGAAGACGCCGCCGCCGCCGCCGAUGCGUGA